AUGUAUGAAAAUGAUGAUGGCUUGGAUGAUGACUCGGAUGAUGACUCCGAUGAUGAUGCGGAUGAUGAUGAUGAUGAUGAAGAUGAUGAUGAUGAUGAUUCGGAUGAUGAUGAUGAUCUGAUGAUUCGGAUGAAGAUGAUGAUGAUGAUGAAUCGGAUAUAUGAUAAUGGUGAUGAUGAUUAUGAUUCGGAUAUUGAUGAUGAUGAUGAUGAUGAUGAUGAUGAUGAUGAUGAUGAGGAUGAUGAUGAUUCGGAUGAUGAUGAUUCGGAUGAUGAUGAUGAUUCGUUGAUGAUGAUGAUUGUGAUGAUGAUGUUUCGGAUGAUGAUGAUGAUGAUGAUGAUCUCGGAGAUGAUGAUGAUGAUGAUGAUGAUGAUGAUGAUGAUGAUGAUGAUGAUGAUGAUGAAUCUGAUGAUGAUGAUGAUGAUGAUGAUGAUGAUGAUGAUGAUGAUGAUGAUGAUGAUGAUCAUGAUGAUGAUGAUGAUGAUGAUGAUGAUGAUGAUGAUGAUGAUGAUGAUGAUGAUGAGACAUGAUGAUGAUGAUGAUGAUGAUGAUGAUGAUGAUGAUGAUGAUGAUGAUGAUGAUAAUGUGAUGAUGAUGAUGAUGAUGAUGAUGAUGAUGAUGAUGAUGAUGAUGAUAAUGAAGAUGAUUUGA